AUGGAUACGGUAGAGGAACGAAAGUGGCUCUCCAGAGAGGAAAGCAGCUCGACCGGUAGGGGCCCGCUCGACCAAAGGGAGAGGGAGAGCGAGCAGGGCCAUCGAUUGACUGCCUCUCCCUAUUGGUCUUCGCUUCAUGUCCUGAAUAAGCAAUCGGAGAAGUCACUUAGAAGACGCAAGUGCCACCUUCGAGAACCAUCUUCUAUCAAUACUGAAGUUGGGAUUCAUGAAAGGUAUUAUCUGUAUUCUCCCAAUUCUCUAGCUAUCCUUCUGCUUUCUCUUGUGCUGGCCAGCCUUCUUAAGCUCUUUUUGAACUACCGUCUGACAUUGCCUGCUGUGAAAGAUCAAGAAAUGGCUUUACCGGUGGGUGCUCCCUGUCCAACUGGUACUUUCCUUAUGACUCCGACUGUGGUGAAGAUCCCAACAUGA